AUGGAUAAACCUUCUCAAACUCACCUUUAUGCUGGCUUACUCGUAUACCGCUCACAAAGAAAUAUUGAAUUUUUAUUAUUAAACGAUUCUUUUACAAAUAAGAAACAUUGGUUUUGUCCUAAAGGUUUAAUAAUUGGUCAAGAAGACGAACAAAGAUGUGCUUUACGCGAAACAUUUGAAACUACUGGACUUGGACCAAAACAAUUACGUAUUGAAGAAGGAUUCAAAAUUGAACUUAAAUAUCUCUCAGGAACUAGACCCAAAAAGGUGAUAUAUUAUCUUGCUCAACUUAUCGAUCAUCACGCUCGUUUACUUCCCAAUGCUGAAGGUGUUCAUUUACAAUGGUGUAAUCAACAACUUGCUUCGGAAAAAGCUAUUUUCAAAAGUAUGCAGGACGUAUUCAAAUACGCUCAAAGUUUUAUUGAAACCAAAAAGGUGAACAACAAAUAUCAACAAUACAAUAAUACUCAUGGAGGGAAAAGAUCUUCAAUUCAACAACAACAACAACGAAGACCUUUACCUGUUACUGCUUCUAAUAAUACUCCAUUACGUCAACAACAAAUAAAAGCAAUAGACCGUCCUUCAUCGGCUCCUGUUUAUGGUUCCUCACCUUCACCUCCGCCACCAACAUCUUCUUUUAAACAUUCAACUGCCGACGAUACAGAUCACUUCAGUAAUAACUCAAAUCCUUUAUUCAAAACAAGACUUUGUGAACGUUUUGAAACCGAAGGUAGCUGUUCCUAUGGAAAUAAAUGUACUUUUGCUCAUGGUAUCAAGGAACUUCGUGAACGUCAAAUCAGUGAUACUUCAUCUCCUCAAAUAACCUCAACUAGUCCUACUUCCUCUCCUAAAGUAACUCUCCAAACUGACAACAAUCGAAAAGAGAAUGGUACACAUCUCAAAGAUUUAUCUGAAAAUCCCUUAUACAAAACGAAAUUAUGUGAACGUUAUAUGAAGGAUCAAUUCUGUCAAUAUGGACCAAAAUGUCAUUUCGCUCAUGGCCGUGCUGAAUUGAAGGAUAGACCAAAUCAUCAUCAACAUCAUCAACACUCUUCUUCCUCUGAUGACGAAGUACUUAUUCCGCGUCCCAUCAGUCAUCGUCAUCCGGAAUCUCAUAAUAACUUGCAACCAUCAUCACCAUCACCAUCAGUAGGAAUGCCAGAUAAUCAAAAUCACAGAGAACACCGUAAUAUACAAUUAUCGGUAUGCCAACAACGUCCAUCAUCAUCAUCAUCCCAUCAACGGAAACAGAACCAAACUGACCAUCCUUUGUUGGAUAAUAAUGCUACCUCUGUAAAGAACCGUGCAACUAUAUUGGAGCCUGAUCAACUACUAAACGGUGAUAUUAUGCAAACGGAUAAAUCUUGGAUGAAAGUGGUACAUCUAACCAGAGAAGAACAAGCCAAAUUAGCAAUGCAAACGCCAUCACCCAAACCCAGUAAAUUAGCACAAGAAGAAGCCCUGAUCAACGAACUUACCUUGUUUUUCCAAUCACCUGAAUCUGAUAACACAACUAGUCAUGAAAACCUUGCCAAAGAUGUGAAACAUGUGACCAAGGUGGAAAUGCGUAAUGAUUUGACGAAAUCUCAACUAUUUUAUAUCUUACUGGCCAGUCUUUUACAUAACUCGGUGGAAUGUCCUGUGGGUACCAUUUUACAUUCAAGAGAACGACUUUUCAAAACAUUUGUCAAGACUCUAUCAGAUCAAACCCUUUUACUCAAGGCAUGGGAUAAAUGUGUUCAACGAUACCCAACACUUUUAUCCAAAAGUGUACUAGUUUUAUCUCAAUGGUAUGAAUGUGACCUUUUAGAUGAAGAGGCUUGUUAUACGUGGCAUGAUGGUUUACUAGAUGGUGACAUGAAAAGAAAAACUGCCAAGUUUAUUGACUGGUUGAAGACCGCGGAUGAAGAAGACUGA